GAACCGACGUGUUUUGAUCCAUGUGAGCUCCCUUACUUGACGGUUUCAGGAAGUAGCUAGCUAGCUACACUACCAAAACAACAGCGUGUGUAACGCAGUUUUCUCGCCAAAUUAUGACUAUUUUUCAAAAUUGCUUUGUAAAUCAGGCCGUAACACGGGAUACUUGUAAUGUGACAGUCCGCGAUCCCGUUUACUGCCGGGAUAAUGUGUACUUUAUUCCUUCAUUUGAACCACUUUGCUAACGUGUAACGUUUGCAGACUAUCAAGUUAACGUUAGCUAAAACAGCUAACGUUAAUGUUAAAGUAACUUCAGCUGGAUAACUAUUCACAACAAGACUGAGCCAAAGGCGGCUUUAAAUGUGUUUUCAGACCGUUGUGAAAGUGGAAUAGUGUUCAUACAUAGAGGAAGAUGCCACGCUUGCAGUCCGGUGUUUGGAAGCAUUUCACCCCGGCUAUCAAAGAAGGGAGGGAAACCUUCAUGUGCAACUACUGUUUAAAGACCUACACAAAGAAUGCUACCAAGAUGCAGAUGCAUUUGGACAAAUGCAAGGAGUACUCUGUGGUUUCGCAGCAGUCACCGGGCCCAGAUGGGAGCUCCUCUGCCUCCAUUCCUGUUCCCUCCUUCUCAUUCUUACCAUCUGCCACUCCUGGGGGACAGUUCCUUAUUGAUUCAGUGGAUCAGCGCAGCCAGGCGCAUGCUGACGAGUGCCUGGCAAGAGCUGUGUAUGCCACUUCGUCACCCCUCACUCUCACAGACAAUAUUUAUUGGAAGCGAUUUUUCAGCGUGCUCCGGCCUGCUUACUGUCCGCCCACCAGAGAGGUUUUGUCCUCUCAUCUCCUGGACUGUGAGUAUGACAGAGUACAAAGCCAGGUCCAUGAGGCCAUAGGGAAAGCAGACUGUGUCACCAUCAUCUGCAGUGGCUGGUCUAACAUAAAAGAAACCGGAACUAUCAUUUAUGUUGUUGCAACCCCUGUGCCACUGUUCUACAAAUCUGCAACGACAAAGGAGCAGACGUACACAAGCACUUUUAUUGCUGAGGAACUGAAAGAUAUUAUAAAUGAAGUGGGACCACAAAAGGUCUUUGCCGUUGUCACUGACAACGCCCCGGAAAUGAUGGCAGCUUGGGCUCAAGUAGAAGAAGCCUUCCCGCACAUAUCCGCUAUCGGCUGCACGUCGUGUGGCGUCCAACAGCUCUUCGAUGACACAGUUGCAACGCCGUCUAUGACGGCUCUGUGCAGGAGAGCUGAGCAGGUGGUGAGGUAUGUUAAAGAGCGAAAACUACUAGCAGAGGCCUUUAGAUGCUGGCAGACUUCAAAUAUAAGAAACCACACUGCUAAUGGGACAACAUUGGCACUGCCUAUUAACUCUGACUGGACUGGUGUGGUUAACAUGUUCACCAGCCUCCUGGAGGGUCAGAACUCUCUACAAGAGAUGGCCGUCUCACCUACACUGGAUGUUGAAGCAUCCAUCAGGGCCACGGUACAGGAUGCAGCAUUUUGGAAAGGAUUAAGCGGCAGUCGUAAUCUGCUCUACUUGAUUGGGAAUUACAUUGAUUACAUGAAAAGAGAAGAUGCCGCACUCUCUGGUGUUGUUCACCUGUUCAGUCAGUUAAGAUACCACAUCGGAGCUUCGCUGUCCGGGUCUGUGCUGCACAGCGCAGAACAGAAAGCCGUCAUGGCAUCGUUGGACAGGUGUCAGGAGUUUUGCGUGAAGCCAAUUCACGCAGCGGCGUACAUGCUGGAUCCAAAGCAUGCUGGACAGCAGACACUCUCAGGGGAGCAGAUAAACAGCGCUUACUAUGUGAUUUCCAACCUGUCGCAUCAUCUAAAUCUUGAUGAGGGUAAAGUGCUUGGCAGCUUCGCCAGAUUCUCAGCCAAGCAGGGAUUAUGGAAGGGUGCCGGGAUAUGGAGCUCAUGCCAGCACGUGUCCGCAUCCACCUGGUGGAAAGGGCUGUGUUCCUCCGAGCCGCUGUCCGCUGUGGCCUCUGCUAUACUCCAGAUCCCGCCAGCAACAGGUGCUUGUGACCACCUACGGUCACGUUUUUGCAAUGUAAAGGGGCAAGGGUCUCUCCCAGCUGACAGGGUGCAAAAACUGGUAGCAUUACAAGCGAAUCUCAACCUUUUCGAGCCAAGUGAUUGUGAGUAUGCUCCGCUGGAGAGUGAGGAAGAGAAGAAGGUGUCAUUUCAAUCUGAGACUCAAUAGUAAGACAUAAUGAGAUAUCUAAAGCUAUGUAGAGCCAACACAUUCUCACUCCCAUCGCGUAAAAUACUUAUAUACUAUGCUCUUCAUACUAUGUCAUCUUCACACGCUGCGGAGCUGCUACUCUGCCCGGUGCGUUCCAUACACGCUAACCGGGGAUUUCCACCAGAUACGUAACGGCUGCGGAUCAACUCCGCUGCAUGUCUGCUGCGUGCUCCGCCGUCCGUCAAUAAACACCAGGUCCGGAUUUGACUGACAGCUGUAAACACGA